CCCCCCCACCCUUCCACCCACCAACCCCUCACCUCAGACCAGUAGACACGACAGAGAGAAACCACUCAAACCAGUGCUCAGCGAUGGGGGAAUGACAACCAGCUCUGUGCCUGUCUGCGGUUCUCCCCGAGGAUGCUGCUGCUCUCCAGCCCGAGGAGCGGACUCCUGCGCCGGGCCUCGCUGCUGCCGCUCGCCGCGGUGCUGCUGUGUGUGCUCUCCGUCAGCUCCGGCCUCCCAGCUUCCCAUAAAUGCCCUCACCAUAUAGACUGUGCCAAAGAGGGACGCCACCUCUGCAAGCCGGGCUCCUCCCGCUGUGGCCCCUGCCUCUCCGCGCUGCAGGAGAACGAGGAGGGAAGCUGUGUGGAGAAGAGGAGGCACCAUCAGCAUGUGACUUUCUACCCUGACCUAGAUGGAGAGAUUGAUUUUCUUGAGUCUGUCCUCGAAAAACAGGAAGUGAAAGAGGUCAAAACCCCAAAGAAGCAAAUGCAACAUCUUGCUGUCGUCACCUCCCAGUCAGUUGUUCAAAAGACCAAGACAGAUGCCUCCAAACAGGAGCAGAAGAACCAGGCGCUUAAUGGAAGAGCACAUGCUGUCACCGCUGCCCCAGGCUCCGCCCUCUCUGACCCACCGACCCCCCAGCCCCGAGUCAGUGGAACUGAGGGCCGAGCGGCUCCCUUGUUGGUCCCAGCACCGGAGAAUGACAUGGUUUUCGUCAUUCUGAUCUCGCUCAGUGUCACUGUUGGCAUCGUGGCAGUAAUCCUGGCAACUGUCUGCUACGUAAAGACAGAGAGAGAAGCGCGUCUGGUAGAGAAGGUCGACUACCCUGCUUUCAGUGGGCCCAGCGCACCCCCCGCCCCCGACCCGGCCACAGGUUCCUCGAUGGGAGAUAAGACUCUGGCCCAAAAUGCUCAAAUGUAUCACUACCAACAUCAGAAGCAGCAGAUGCUUUCGAUGGGAACCAGUCACAAAACUGAACCUAAAGUCCUUGACAACGAGGUCACAUCAGACGAGGAAGAGGUGGGAGGAGACUUCACAGUAUACGAGUGUCCUGGACUUGCACCGACUGGAGAGAUGGAAGUGAAGAACCCUCUCUUUGAUGACUCCACUCUUCAUUACCAGGGGAAUCCCCAGUGAAUGUUGAAGACUGAACACAAACACACUCAUGUGUAACCACACACACACACGUGCAGGCAUUAUAGCCAUUUCUCUGUAAGACACCACUGAUCCAGGCAGAUGAUGAGGUUUAUAAAAAUGAUUAUUUUCCUGUAGGCCUUUUUACUAUAAUCUACCCUGACUCUAGCUUUUAAUACAAAUGUACACUGGGUUCCUUUUUAAUUUAUUUCUGACUCUGUUUCCUGUCUAAAUUAUAUGCU